UUAUAUUCUAAUUUUAUACUCAUAGGAUUAUAAGUUAUACCUUCUAAUUUUAAUUAUUUUGUUAUUGUGUUUUUAGGCAAAAUUUUACAAACUGUGAGACCACAUUUAUUUUGGAUUCCAUGUGCUGCUCAUUGUCUUGAUUUGAUGCUAGAAGAUAUUGGAAAGACCCCUAAAGUUAAAAGGGUAAUACAAAGAGCCAUCAAGCUUGUGGGUUACAUUUAUAAUCAUACAUUGACCCUAAACACCAUGAGGAAGUAUACAAAUAAGGUCGAAUUGGUGAGGCAUGGAGUUACAAGAUUUGCUACCACCUUCCUUACUUUGCAACGAUUGCAUAAGUUAAAGGCAAAUCUUAGAAGGAUGUUUACUUCUGACGAAUGGUUGCAAUCAAAAGGAGCCAAAGAAGCUAAGGGGAAGAAAGCAACGGAUAUUGUUCUUAUGCCUACAUUUUGGAGUGAUGUUGUUUAUGCUUUAAAGGCUAUGGGGCCUAUUGUACGUGUGUUGAGGUUGGUAGAUAAUGAAAAAAAACCGGCAAUGGGUUACAUUUAUGAAGCAAUGGAGAGGGCUAAGGAGGCAAUUCAAAAUUCUUUUAAUCAUAAUGAAGAAAAAUAUAAGGAUAUAUUUGCAAUUGUUGAUAGAAGAUGGGAUUGUCAACUCCAUCAUCCGUUGCAUGCAGCAGGAUAUUAUCUAAAUCCUGAGUUUUAUUACAAAAAUUCAACAAGAAUGGAUGCUGAUGAUGAAGUGGUGGAUGGCCUUUUCAAAUGUAUUGAUAGGCUUUGUGAAAAUAAUGACAUUGUAGACAAUGUUCACAAUCAAUUGGCAAUAUAUAAAAGGGCAGGAGGAAGAUUUGACAUUCCUGCAACAGUUAGAGCAAGGGUUAAAAUGGCUCCUGCUGAGUGGUGAAAGAUGUAUGGAGGACAUACACCACAUUUGCAAAUUAUUGCCACUAAGGUACUAAGCUUGACUUGUAGCUCAUCUGGUUGCGAGCGUAAUUGGAGUACCUUUGAGCAUAUUCACUCAAAGAAGAGAAGUAAGCUUGAGCACCAAAAGCUUCAAGACUUGGUUUUUAUUAAAUAUAAUCAAACUCUUCAAGAACGCUUUGAGUGUCAAGAUGCAAUUGAUUCAAUUGCUUUAAAUGAAGUUGAUGAUAACAAUGAAUGGAUGUUGGGAGAAGAGAAUGAUGAGGAUGAUUUUGAAGAUGACUUAGUGUUUGAUGAUGAUGUUUUGACUCCGAGAGAUGUUGCCCAGGCAAGUGGUGCUGGUGAACCUUUGAAAUACCCAAGGAGACAAACACAAGUGAACAAGACAUCAACAAUUGCAUCUACAUCCAAGAAAGAUAAAGGAAAAAAAGUGAUGGAAGUUCUAGAAGAUGAGGAUGAUGAUGAAGUAGAGGAAGAAGAAAAAUAUAAUUCUAAUGCUAGUGAGGGUAAUGAAUUUGAGGGAGAGGAAGACUUUAAUCUUGAUGAGGAAGAAGAUUAAACUAUAAUGUUUAAUUUUUUAAUUACUUAGAACUUUAGCACUUUGUUUUU